AUGUAGAGACUGUACGACUACGUGGCAGACAAUGCAUACACAGAUACUCUGUAUUUAUUACUCUCUCAUCUUUUCUCGAGCUCUGCUUCACAACACUUGACUGCCCUCUUGUGGAUCGGAUGCUUCCUGCCCUCUGCUUCUCUACACAAACUAAGAGCAAAGGGUUGUAGUUGUUGAAGACAUUAAAGAAUUCAAGAGAACAUAAAGAUGGUACUCAAGAAAGGCUCUGCAGCAGCUGUAUUUUCUUCAUCUUCUUUACACGACUUAUCAAAUCAAUCAAGUCGCAGCUUCUUCCCAACCUCUAGACCUUCUUGGCUUCUUGUUUCUAUUGCAGAUAUGGACAAGAGAAUGAAGAUGGUGUGUUCGAAUAGCAUCAAAGAACAGAAGGCUGACAGUUUUGCAGAACAAGCUGAAACAUACUAUCAGAAACGCCCUCAGCUACUGUCCCUGCUUCAAGACCUCUACAAUGGGUAUCUCACACUGGCUGACCGUUAUUGCCGAGCAUUGGCUAAGCAACAUCACUCUCCUAGUAUGACCCCGGUCUCAGUUCAUCAGAGUUCAGAUGACGAAGUGUGCAGCAAUGAGGUGUCGGAUGCUGAGAGCUCGAUUUCAUUCCAAGCUCCUGUUAAGCCACAUGUGGUAAUGAAUGAUGCUGAUAGCAUUGUUGCUGAAGUCGUGAUUAAGAAUGUUGAGUAUGAGAUUGUGAUUGAUGAGAUGAAUGAAGAGGAGAAGCAAUGGAAUGAGUCUUCGAGGAAGAUAGAGUUGCAGAAGAGCUUGUUGGAGGUUUUGGAGACAGAGAGGUUAGUAUUGUUGAAUGAGAAUGCAAGGUUGGAGCAUAGAGUAGAGACAUUGGUGGAUGAGAACAAAGCACUGGGGGAAGAGUCAUAUUUCAUGAAGACGAAGGCUAGUGAGCUUGCACGGUGCGUGUUAAAGUUGAGGGACGAUUACAAGGCAAACAUGUUUAGCAGCAAGGUUGAGGAUCUUCAGGCGCAAAUUUAUGUCUUGGAGAAGCGGAACAAAGAGUAUUAUGACCAGCUGGUAAAGCAAAAUCAGAGUAAAAACAAGAUUAUGAAGGCGAAGCGCAAUACCAUUGUGCUAAUGAAGCGUUAUUCACAGAGCCCCAAGAAGGUUUCUAAGCUGUGGAAGAAGGUGAAAAACUUUGAUAUGCUCAAGUGUUGUUCACACUACAACAAUCCUUAAUUGCUAAGCAAAACGACACCUAUUAGACUGCAAAAUACGGGGGCAGUUCUGACAUAUCAAGGCGAAGAAUGUUCUAUUAUGUUUUGCUGCAGUGCAAUAGUGCUAACUGGUAUAUUGUUAAAUAUAAAUAUGCUGCUAAUAUAUAUAUAUUUACUAUAAUGCUAUGCUUUUUCAUACUUGCUAAUGGCAUGAUUCUGAGAUAUGACAAGAACUGUGUUACUCAAGUUUCAUAGCCGUAUUAUGUAAACCAUGUUUGCAGAUAUAUUGACAAAUAAUUAGCAA